CAUUUUACUAACCUCAAAAGAAACAAAAUAAAAACUGAAAACCAGAGAGUAUCACAUGUAGCUUGUAAGAUUCAGUAUAUUCCCCAAAAUAUUGAAACUUUUUGGGAUUAUAUAGCAGUUGGCAGCUUAUUCAUCUUCACACGAGCCACCAGCCCACCACUCAAGUUUGAGAAAUCCCAUAAACAUAAUCAGAGCUGAAACAAGAAGAAAGACAAAAUUCCAUAACCAUCAAUAGGAACCCCUAAAAAUCUGGACUUGUUGAGUCUACAUUGAGCAAUAAUAGUAUCAAAGAUGCAAUCUUUUUCCCCAUUUUCCUAUCUUUCUCUCUUCUUUCUCUUUACGACUUUGAGUUUUGUGAAAACUGUCUUGACCCAAGAUGGGUUUUGCUCUGCACCAUCAAUUCUUGAUGCUGAUGCCAAUUCUCAGCCACUUUACUGGAAAGUUUCUAAGCCCACACUAUCCGCUUCUCAUCUUCAAGACUUGCCGGGUUUUACUCGUAGUGUGUAUAAGAAGGACCAUGCUUUAAUUACUCCUGAAAGCCAUGUAUUUAGCCCUCUGCCUGAUUGGACAAAUACUUUAGGUGCCUAUCUAAUCACACCAGCAAUCGGCUCGCAUUUUGUCAUGUACUUAGCAAAGAUGCAAGAAAAUUCCAAAUCAGGGCUCCCUCCUAGUGAUGUUGAAAGGUUCAUAUUUGUGGUCCAGGGAAAUGCGGUUCUCACCAACAUAUCCGGGAAUGUCCACAAACUGACAGUUGAUUCAUAUGCUUAUCUGCCUCCCAAUUUGGAUCACACAGUAGAAACUGAUGCAGCUGCUACUCUUAUUGUAUUUGAAAGGAGGUAUUCUGGUUUGGCAAAUCAUGUUACUGAGCAAAUUGUUGGUUCAACAGACAAGCAGCCCCUUCUUGAAACUCCUGGCGAGAUUUUUGAGCUAAGGAAGCUUCUUCCAACAUCUUUAGCGUAUGAUUUCAAUAUACACAUCAUGGAUUUUCAACCAGGAGAAUUCCUCAAUGUCAAGGAAGUUCAUUAUAACCAGCAUGGUUUGCUGCUGUUGGAGGGGCAAGGCAUUUAUCGACUAGGUGAUAGCUGGUACCCAAUUCAAGCUGGUGAUGCUAUUUGGAUGCCACCAUUUGUGCCUCAGUGGUAUGCUGCGCUGGGCAAGACGCGUUCACGCUACUUGUUAUAUAAGGAUGUAAAUAGGAAUCCACUGUGGUGACAUUCAACUUUUCUGAGUAUGGUUCAAACAGCAUGAUUUCAACAAUGCUGAGCAAUGUCACCCUUUUUGAUGGUGGCCGAGUCUAAUGUGUAUUUUAUGAUUGCUUAAUAGAAAACAAUCAUCUGUCAUCGUCAGCUUUGUCAGAAUGAGGACGAAAGAAAUAACUUAAACAUUGCUAGAUAUGUUACUCUUGCCUGCUUUAUUAUGCUUGCAUGUUACCUUAGUAUGAGAAGGGCAAUGUGAAAAUGAUAUUUCCAUCUUUUUUCAGUUUCUAGAA